AUGAUAGCUUCAGUGCAGGAAAUCAACAGUACCAGCAUAUAUCAGUUUGCCAACAACACAGUCCACCGAGAUGGUGUCAACAAUGAUAACAAUUCGUCUGCAGUUGUGUUCACUGACCAUGAUGGAGAAAACUACAUCGACAAUCGAACAUACGCAGCCUCCUUGGUCGAUAGUACACGACAGGCUUCACGCGUCUUCGUUUUCUCUGAUGGUCGAACCUACCAGGGUGAUUGGAUCAAUGAUAAAAAAUCGGGUCGAGGCAACCUGACAUGGGCCGAUGGUAGUAGCUAUGAAGGGAACUGGGCUGACGGAAAGCGAAAUGGUACUGGAACACAUAACUACUCAGAUGGAAGCAUAUACAUCGGUGAUUGGAUCGAUGAUAAAAGAUCGGGUUUGGGUAUACUAUCUUCUUUUGACGGUGAGAAAUACGGUGGUUAUUGGGCCGAUGACAAGAGAAAUGGGUCAGGUACAUUACACUAUGCUGACGGUAGAACAUAUACUGGUGGUUGGUUGAAUGGUAUGAAAUCGGGUGCGGGCAUCAUGAGUUGGUCCCAUGGUGAUAGAUGUCAUGCUGAUUGGAUUGAUGAUAAAGCAGUUUGUGAUGCCAUUUGUUUUCCACAAUGUUCGAAUGGUGGAAAAUGCACUGGACCAAACUCUUGUACCUGUACUUCAUCAUGGACUGGACCUCGAUGUGAAACACCUAUAUGUUCUCCACAGUGUUUGAAUGGUGGAAACUGCACUGCACCAAACUCUUGUACCUGUACAUCAUUAUGGACUGGAUCUCGAUGUGAAACACAACCGAAAUCUAAAAAAUGGAAACAAAAUGCCAUUACCGUGGUUGGUGGAAAUGGACGAGGAAAAAAAUUAAAUCAACUCGAUAAACCUUCUGGAAUCUUUAUUGAUAAAAAGAAAAACAUUUUCAUUACUGAUACGAACAAUACUCGUAUUGUUGAAUGGAAAUAUAAUGCAAAAAAAGGAAAAAUCAUUGCAGGUGGAAAUGAGGAAGGAAAUCGAAUGGAUCAAUUGAAUUUUCCAAUGGGUGUGAUUGUCGAUCAGCAAAGUCAUUCGAUCAUUAUUGCUGAUGUUGGGAACGCCCGAGUGAUCCAAUGGAUGAAUCAAAAGCAACAAAUUCUUAUUGACAGUAUUUUCUGUUGGGGUUUGGCAAUAGAUAAACAUGGAUUUCUUUAUUGUUCUGAUUGGUUGGAGAAUGCAGUGAAACGAUGGAAAAUGGGAGAAUACAACGUCGAAAAAAUUGUAGUGGCAGGUGGAAACGGAAAAGGAAGUGGACGCAAUCAACUCAAUAAUCCUGGUUUUAUCUUUGUUGAUGAUGAUCAAUCUGUUUAUGUACCUGAUACGGGCAAUAAUCGUGUGAUGAAGUGGAGAAAAGGUGCAAAGGAAGGAACAGUUGUGGCUGGAGGAAACGGUGAAGGAAGAAAUCUCAAUCAAUUCUCUUCACCUGUAGCAGUGAUUGUUGAUGAUUUGGGUCGAAUCUAUGUGACAGAUAUUGAAAAUCAUCGAGUAAUGCGUUGGUGUGAAGGAAAAGAAGAAGGUGAAAUUAUUGUUGGUGGAAAUGGUCAAGGAAAGCAAUCAAAUCAAUUAAAUGAUCCCAUGAAUUUAUCUUUUGAUGAUGAUGGAAAUCUAUAUGUCGAUACUCGAGAUUUAUUUUAUGGAUUUUGGCAACUUAAUCAACGGUUCAAUCAACUUCUACAAUCACUUAAAAAACUUGUUCUUAUAAUUGAAAAAAGUGAAUCAAAAUUGAUUUCAAUUUUUGGUUGUCAAAUAUAUAAAGUCAUAGUUGAUACUUGUCUUGAUAUAAAUUUUAUGAAAUUUUCUUAUUUACAUUCAAUAGUAUUAUAUGAUAUCACUGAAACUGAUUUAACACAAAUUCGAACAAAAUUUAUGCCAUAUCUCGCUUAUCUUUCAAUUCCAUCUAAUAAUCAAUCUUAG